UUUCUUAAAUUGAUAAAAUGAACCGACAAGAGUCUUCAAUAUAUAUAAAUGCAUUUCUCAUAGGACGUGUCGUAACAGAUCUUAUCGGAACAUUGAUCCACAUUUGAAGACCUCUAUAACGCAUUCGAGUCGUAACAUAUGUGUCUGUCUGUUAAUUUACGAGAAAGUAUCUAUAUCAUUUUUCAUGCUCCACUUAAUUCUAUUUUAUUUUCUUUACAAAAAAAAAAAGAAAAUAUCUCAGGAUUUGGACGUAAUAUUCUGAUUGAUAACAGAUUUAGUUUGACAUAAACCAAUAUAUAGGAAUUUUUAAUUAUAGAAAAUGUCUGUUCUAUUUUUAUCAUUAAUUAUUUCAACGGAUAUUUUUAUGAACGACUAAACUUAGUUUAAUUUGUUGCAAAUGUUAUUUGGUAUCGAUACAGAUUCAAUUUGAAAUAAGUAUGUCAUAAAAUAAAAUUACAAAAAUGUAUUGACGUUCAUCGCGAUGCCUUUCACGCGGACUGAUUGCUUUAUUUCUUGUCGAUUCCGAUUCGCAACGCGAGUGUAUCGUGUACGCGUCUACUCGCAGAGGGAACAAUAGCUGAUAAAAAUAGGAUGCGUUGAGUGUGGCAGGUAGAUUGUCAGGAAAGGUAAAGAGAGAGAGAGAGAGAGAGAUAGAAGAUGGAUGGAGGGAGAGGACAACUUCGGACUCAUCCUCGAGUUACUUUCACUUGAACUUCUUGUAUCGCCUCGUAGUGAUCUUCUAGACGGUGGGAGCGAAGUUGUUAUUGCUUUCCGCGUAAUUCGAACCCGCGUAUAAUCUUUUAAUAAUUUUAAAUUUUAAUUAAGAAAUGGCACUUUACUGGAUUCUACAAUCUUAUCUUCUACGAUGUGCACUAUUCAUCGUUAUUGUCCGCACCGAAGAAGUUUUCAAUACCACGCCGUCGACGAUCAAAACGAACUUUUCCUGUCUCAAUCGACCUAUGGGAUUUUAUGCUGACGUCGAAGCGAAUUGCAAAAUAUAUCAUACAUGCGACGAUCACGGGAACAAAUUCACUUAUCGAUGUCCCGAGGAGACGGCUUUUCGUCAAGACGCCCUGAUAUGCGAUCACGCUCAUCUCGUCGACUGCCAGGCGACUGUUUACCCGACUCAAUUUCCAAACGAAAGCGUCGACAAGGAAAUUACGUAUACAGCGUCCCCGUCAAGGUCCCCGAUCGACUCGCUCGACGAUCAUCGAUUAUCGUUUUCGCGUACCUUCCAAGUGAUCAAACGGCCGGACAAAUCCGUGCCUGACAAACCGCAAUCCGGCUUCGUCUUUAGCGCGAGUCUAUUCUUAAGGGAUCAGGAUCCGAUGCAAAAUCAGGCUAGGCAGAUCGGCGACACCUGUACGAUAUGCAACGGUGAUUCGAAGAACCGCGCGACGGUUCCCACCGCUCAAACGCUGACCAAACAAUUCGAUUCCUGGAACUCACGUAAUCACGAUAAAUCCACCGCGCCAAGACUGUCCUUAUCGUCGUCGUCGUCGUCGUCGUCGGGGACUCGCGACAGGAGUGCCGUGUAUCUUAAUCGAUCAUUCGAGCCGCCCUCGAAUUCCGCGCCUGUGAAAACGAUAGCUUCGGAAGAAAACCAGCAUCCACCUCCUCUGCGCGAGAAGUCUCCCCCAUUGAAUUACAACAGUGAUGACCUCCAUCCAUACUCGGAGACCUUAAGGUCGAUUCAGGCUAGCGCUCGUAUGACUUAUCUAAAAUCCACCACGGAAAUUCCCGUGCACGCUUUGACACUUUCCCUGAAACCGCUGGUACCGAACGAGCUGGAGUACGAUCCUUAUUAUCCGAAACAGCCGACGUCCACCGAGGCGUAUUACACGCCCAGCAAUCGCAAUAAGUUUGAUACAAAUCGAUUUUCCAGCUCGAGCCAGAUACCGACGGUAAUCACGCAUCCCGAUCUUCCCUUCGAAAUCCCGUCUGUACUGCCCGAUUUGAAUACCCUGGAGGAUUUGGUUGAUCGCCGAAAGUUCUUCUACAUUCCGCGCACAAACGCGAACUACAACGAGCCAUUAUUAAAUAUUUAAUAACGGUCAUAUUUGUAAUGUUACAUGUUAAAAAGAAUGUUAAGGUAUCUUUUGUCUUUUGCGAAAUAAAGGUACGUAUCUUCACUUCUUAUUCCUAUUGGUGUGUACUAUUUGCGAAAG